AUGGGCGUUCUGCGGCCCCUGCACUCAGGCCUCUUCCCCCUCUCUGCAGAGAUCCGCACGAUGCGCCGGGCAGAGGCCGUGCUGCUGUGGCUGACCCUGACCCUCCUGGGGACCCCCGCGUCUGGAACACAGGAGUACUAUGGGUCAACGGUUGGCAACCGUUUCUGCACCGCCCCACCCAGCGGAGAAGACAUAGCAGCCAUUCGGAUGACUAAAAAUGCUGUUCGGCUUUUAAGUGUCCAGGUGAAAUACGGAGAAACCUGGAGUGAUGUAUAUGGCACUAAAGGAGGGACUUCUAAGGAAUUCGUCUUGAAUCCUGGUGAAUAUAUCACCCAGGUGUCUGGCUCCUACAUGAUAAAUAUCCUGCAUGUUACUGUGUAUACCGACGAGGGGCGCAAAGCCAUAUUUGGGAAUAAAGUCGGCACUGAGUUCACCGUCUUCCCCCCCAAGGAUGGCCAGGUGCUCAAGGGCUUCUGUGGCUUUUAUUUCCUUGGUGGCUUAAAGUCUAUUGGCUUUGAAUGGGGUGACCCACAGGAGACCUCAGAUAGUAGUGAGGAAUGA